GGCUUCGGGCGGGGCUGCUUUUCCUGGUGCGCUGUUGAUCAACGAGAGCUUCCUGGAGCCCGACGGAGAGGUGACCGGCUGCUGGCCUCGUGUGUGCCGCAGGUGCUGCAGCUAGUGUCGGUUCGUGGACGUAAGCUGCGCUGCGGGAAACAACGGCUUCCAUGGCCGCCGUGUGUGCGAAGAGCCGCUGUUAGCACACGAGUCGUUACCGACGUCCACCGUCUCUCCCCGCGUGAGCCCCGCAUCCAGCAGCGCGACCACUCCGCUGGAUCCAGUCGGUCCGGAUGGAUAAAACUGAACGGAAAGUUCGGAACCAGGACAUCAACCCGUGCAUCGAGGAAAGCGAUGCCUCCCAGAAGUGUUUGAGUGCCUACAACUAUGACUCGAGCAUGUGCUCCGCUUAUUUCCAGAGAUAUAAGAACUGUCGGAAAUACUGGCACGGCAUAAUGGUCCAGAGGAGAAGAGACGGGGUGAGGCCUGCCAUGCCCGCUGCUGCAGACAGGCAGGAGAUGCUCGCCGCCAUUGGAGGCAAACCCUACUGAGAGGCCACCACUACGGCUGGAUGCACUGUGACUUCAGAGUGACCGUCCGGAGCUGCUCUAUGAUAACACAUCUUUUAUUGUGUAUCGAGCUCUCUGAGUGUUGGACUGACCACAUGGAAUAAGUUCAGCGCUUCCUGUUUGGAGGGAAAGCUCCUGUACAACUGAGCUGGUGUAUGGAGAUUUCAUCCGGAAUGAGUGGACCCCCACAAAGCACAGCUGUAUGUUCCCAACAUGGAGGGCUUCUCCAUCUAUGCUAUUGGAAGAAACCUGUGUGGCCUUAAUAAAGGAGGAGUAUUGUUUCACUAAUUGGAUUAGCUUGA